AUGCAACCUGAGCCGCUCUGGCAGCUGAGCUGCGAGGGCCCGGUGAGCCCCAAGAUCCGGUUUUCCAUAAAAUUUUCGCUGUGCUUUUUCGAGCCGUUUGAGGUGCUGGGCGUGGUCUUUGCGCACGAGGCUGUGUGGGCUGUGUGGCUUUGUGUGCAAGGGCCGCAGGCAAGGGUCCACAAUGAGCUUGAUGCUGCAUUAACACCAGAGUUGUCCAACCUUUGCAGUUUCGCUUUCGAGGUCGUGUUUGCAGCCCAUAUCGCACCUCCAAGCCAGGCGAAGGCAGUCGUUACCCUCACAGCGCGGCAGCUGCUGUCCUGGGACAUUGCCGCCUUGCCGCAAGCCCUUACCUAUGCGCGCCACCUUCGGAGCGUUGUCGCCGGCGCCAGGGAUGGCACCGUCAUUGUGUGGGAUGUGACCAGUGGUGCGGCAGCGAGGGAGUUGAGUUGCGGAAGUGCGGUGGCCUGUGUUGACUACGCUGAAGCCAUCAAGGCAGUUGUCACGGGUGAGGAGAAUGGCACGAUCAUCUUGUGGGACUUGACGCGAGGGCUUCAGCUCGCGGUGCUCUGGUGCAAGGCCAUGGUGCACUCGAUCGCGUACUGGUUCAUCGCGCCGUACAUUCGCGACAUCCCUCACCUCAAGAACAGAGAGAUCCUUCAGAAGCUGAUCCCCGCCACUCACAAUGGCACCAUGGGCCGGGCCUUGGUGACCGGAGAUUCGGCAUUCAAGGUGACGGUGUGGGACAUCGAGACAGCCAAUGCCCGCAAAACCUUCCAUUGCUCCAGUCACGUUCUGGCCAUUGCUGUGUCCCCCUUCCUGGGACUGGUCGCUGCUGGUGAGGCGAAUGGGAGAGUUACCCUGUGGGACGUCGAAAUUGAGUGUGUCCUCCAUCGCUUCGAGGGUGGGGCGGUUUCCGCGCUCGCUUUCGUCUCCACGAGCUUGGAGGAGCAGACCCUGGUGGCAGCAGAGUGCUACCGAUUAAUCUCAUGGGACAUAGACACUGGCCAGUUCCAGUCUCGCAACCUCAAGCUCCCAACCUCCUGUAAGGCGGCACGAUGCAUGUGCUUUGUGCCAGGAGGGGAGGCCGAGAAGGCCGAGGAGGCCACACUCCUUGUUGGUGACAGUUCCGGCCGGCUUGCCGCAUGGCCGUGGCCACGACUGCAGCCGCAGAGAGGCCACGACGAGAAGCGCUGCGCUGAUGGCUUCCGCGUGCGGAGUUGCCAACGCCCGCGCUGA